GUUCAUUUCCCUGAGUGAGGGAGUUGUCUUUUGCGGUUGACAGUCAACUCUAGUGUUGUGUCUCUCUGCCGUUGUGUGCAAACGUUUUGACCUCUCAAUAACUCGAAGCACUUUUCGCUUGACAAACUUUUCAACAUGUCAGGCGAAGAUCCAGAGCAGUAUUUACGUCCUACGGACAAAGCUACCAGGCUUGAACGGACGAAAACGUUCGAUGCUAAAAAGUGGCUGUGGAUACCGGACGAGAAGGAAGGCUAUCUGGCCGCUUCUGUUGUCUCGACGAAGGGUGAUAUGCUAACUGUGGAAACAUCAGCUGGCAAGGUAGGCUACUUUAACUAUUAUGUACUUAUUUAGCGACGAAAACUGUACUGAUAGCCUUAAUACAUUCUGCCAUAGCCUUGCAACCUUGUACUAAUACCGCACAGACAUGACAUUAUAUCUGGCUGUGGGAUAUGUAUAUUUAUAUGGUACAUACAUCUGUGUGCUAGGCGUUCGAUACAAUUUAACCCAAUAUACUUAUUUAGCGAGUGAAACUAUCCAUAUAGCAUCACUAAAUCUAUUAUUGUUCUGUAACUUUUUGACACAGACAUUUGCAAUGGGAUGUACAAUAUUACAUGGUCAAUUGUUAUGUCUGUUAGGCAGGCCAUGCUAGCUUAUACCAUAUGUCUGUUGUGCUGCACAUGGAAAUUUAUACCAAAGGCUAAACCUAAAAUAUUUUUAUAAUUUCCCUUGCAGAAAAUCGAUAUAAACAAAAAUGACACCCAACAGAUGAACCCUCCGAAAUUCGAGAAAUGUGAAGAUAUGGCUAGCUUGACCUAUUUGAACGAAGCCAGCAUAUUGUAUAACUUGAAACAACGUUAUACGUCGGCUCUUAUAUACGUAAGUAAAUCUGUGCCUUGAUUUUGUGCUAAAAGUCCGUUCGUUGUGGUAUACAGAGACGAACAAAGUAUUUGUUAGUACAAUAAAGUAUACAAUGCCAAAUACGGGACGGCCUGUGUGCAGUUUGUCUGGAAACUAAAAUGCGAAUUUUUUGCACAGUUAAUUAAAAACUAGUUACUGCAAAGUGCUGCAGUAUCUUACAAUAGUUUAAAGUUCUCUUCAAAACGUUACUUGUUAUAUCAUUUACUUACAUACUUGGACGUUAUAAGUAAUUUGUGUUUGAUAUGUUAAUUAAAUGGUAUUCAUAUUAAAUGCUGUUAGAUUCGUCUUAACUGUUGCCGGUAUCUGUGUUUUAAUAUACAUACACAGCAACGAUAAACACUCAAGUGUUGCAGUGUUUAUUUAAUAAUCCCUUUCCAAAACAUGCUUCGUGUGAACAGUUUUGAAAUUGCAAGCUCUGAAGCGUCUUUCAAGGGACCAAACGCUUUUGCUUGACUACAAAAUUCAAAACAGAUUUUGAGCUAAUUAACAUGACAACGAACAAGCGUUAAGUCUAUUGAAAUCCAUUGAAAAUUGUUAAUAAAAACUUGAAUAUAUUAGCAUCACGCAACUUGUCAUUGUGUAACAAAAUUCACCUAAAACAUCGCAUGCGAAUUCUAUGUUUAUGCUUGUCCAAUGUUCAAACAGUUUAUUACUGUCAAAUAUGUAAAAGUCAAACGGGAUUACUCGCAGACAAAAUGGCAGUCGAGUCAUGCUCACCUGUGUGUAAAUAUGGCCUAAUCUGUUUGACAAUGCUCAAUAAUUUUAGCACAAAGUACUUUGGGAAAUAAACAGUCUAGAUACUUAAUAGUGCGAAUCAAUGAAUAUGUAAAAUGUAGCGUUUUGGGACACUCUGGCCGUUGUAAAAGACUGCCAGAAAAUUGUUACUAUGAAAAUAAAGUAUCACGCAGUGUUUGCGUAACAACUAUCGUAUGUCAUUCGAUGCUGUUUGUCGAAACAAAUAUUUUUGGGUAUUUUUCGAGAAUGUAAACACACACAGUGGAAAUAGUCAGAUAUUUAGUUUGCUUUCGUUUAUUUUUCCGUUUUUGCCCACACAGGAAAAGUGAAAAGAACGGAAACGUUUCGCUAUUAACUGUAGUAUAUUUUAUCCCAUACCGCGAACGCAAAAAGCGGGGAUUAAAUAUUUAAUUGUGAAACGGUGACCCCGGUCACCGAAGUCCAGAAAUUCCAAUAUAUGAUCAUUUUAAUAUUAUGCCCAUAUUUGGGAACCUUGUUGAAAUCCGGUUGUGCAAAUUUGGGAUUUUGCUUCAUCCUGUUUUGUGAAAAAUUGCAUUAGAACUUGUUAGUUUGAAAGUUUUUGGAUAUAAAUAUACAGUCUAGCGUUGGAGACGCUUGUAAUUUUGUGAAAUUACGCCCAGUUUUGUGGUUUUAACCACCAGAGAUAUGCAAUCAUUCGACCCUACCUAUAUGUUUUGUUUAAUAAUUGAAAUUCUAUCGCUUUUCUUUGUUAAUUUGACACCUCAAACUGAGCACGAAUUUAACACAAAUCUGUUAAAAGAUGGAGCUUUUUAGAACGCUUUAAAUUGCUACAUUUUGCAACAAUGUUUUUGAAUGUAAUACAAGUGAAUUAGUGUUAUUUAAACGAGGGAUAAUACCGUACUUAAACGUGGAUUUUCGACCCGUUUGUCUUUCGGAUUUAAGCUUAAAUUGACGGGUUGAACAGCUCUUGAUUUGCGAAGACGAUUAACUUUAUUGACAUAGUCGAGUCUGGCAGAAAUUUCUCGCUUUACAUUUAUCUGUUACAAAAUGUUACAAGCUUGUUGCAAUGCCCUACGCUUUGUUAUGCGAAUAUGUUUUUCUCCUGGAAGGAAAGAGUUAUUAAUCUUUGAGAUUUUGGAAACAUUUUUGAAACAGCUGUUUCUCAACUCGGGGAUUAAUAUUUAUGCAAAUUAGAUAAUUUCAGUGUAAAGUGAGCAUAUUUAGCAUAAUAGUUUUCACAGAUUACGAACAACUAAAAAGCUAUAAAUAAGCUUUGCGGUAUAUUUUUACAUGUAAAGUUCGAAGAAAAAUUCAAAAAUUUUUCCGGUGUCUGAGUUCUAAAUUUAAUAGCUAUAAGUGCUUUCAACAUAAAACUCGAAAGGUCAUGUAAUAUUGCAACGCUUAAAAAUGUGUUGAAAAACUUUUGCUGUUAGAAUAGCAACGACGACGAACUAACACUAAUUCUGAUUGGUUAAGACAAAGCUUGAUACGUAAAUCUCAUUGGCUGAAAUCCAUGGAAAAAAUUGUGGAAUUUCAACAUUUCUUUGCAAAAACAUUUUCUCUCGAUAAUAUUUGAUGGAAAUUAAUUUUGAACAAACAGUAAUAAAUUUCAAAAAAAGGAAAAGCGUGUCAAACACUGAAAAUUACCAUGUGAACAUAUGCCACGUGAUCAUAUGCCACGUGAUCAAGGGUCCAAGACCUGCACUAUUUAGGGCGAGACGGUUUUCAUAAAAUGCUGAUAACAGGCUUCGUACAAAACUUAAAAGUCCUUGAAUGUACUAGAAUUUGAAAACAAAAAUUCAUGAAGCCCUGGAAUGUCCUUGAAUUUGUAAAAAAGUACUUGAAAGUCCUUACAUUUUUCUUGCUUUAGUUUUUGAAUAUUUUCUGUUUGACAUUCAAGAACGGGCUUUUGUUGAAUUCAUUUUGCAUGUUCAUUUCUGACAAAGCUGUUUGAAACUCAUUAAAGUUGCGUUUUGAACAAUUCAGCGUCAGAUUUUAUUGAUUUCUAACGCCUUCUCCAGUAUUUAGUCUUUGAAUUUGCUGAUACAUGGCCUUUGAAUGUCCAUAAAAAAGUCCUUGAAUUUGACUCUUCCUAGCUCGCAUAUACGAACCCUGUGACAACCAAAAACCGGUCGGAAAAAAAACAAAGAACCGAAACAUGCACGACGCUACUCAAAACUCACUUAUUUUUUCAACCGUUGUGAAAAUUCUUGAAACGCUAUGAAAUUGCGGAGAUAGACCUUGCAAUUAAUCAAAGUAAAGAAUAUUUAUAAAUAGUAAACUUUAAUCAGGGUUAUCAACUGACAAUGUUAGAAAUACUGAAAAUAUCACGACCCGACGAAUAGCGUUAUCCGACUUCCGUAUAACGGGGUCGCAUUUAUUGGUUAACCGUUUCGCUUAAAUAGCACUAUACCGGUAAAAGGAUUAGAGUCGUUACAAAUCACUCAGUGUUAGAAUCAAAUCUCAGAACGACGAGUCUCAAAUGACAUCAGGAUUUUCUAGGAGUUUGCCCCAUGACCCCCUAUGGUUUUCACGUGGUUGUAGACGAGCACAAUACCGGCGAAAAGAGUAUGUCCAAAUAAUAUCUGCAUAGAACCAAAGGCAUCAGCCCAGGGGGGACGGGGGGACACACCCACCUACUUUUUGGACAUUUGUAAUAUCCACCGGGUGUCCCCUUGUAAUAUCUACUGGACACUAUUUAAUUUCAUGUAAUAUAAAAGCUAUCGCAAUGAAAUAAAGAUCAUUGCAUUCAGAAAGGACUAACUUAGAUUUUGAUAUGUAACAUUUGCUGUGUUGGUGUAAUGUACUCAGGUGAAUGAGAUGCUUGUGAUGUUAUUCUGAGUGUAUAUCCACACCGGGCAGGCUUGAAAAAUAUGCCUGGCCGCGGUGCUCAGUUGGCAGAGCAUUGGACUAGUAUUCCCAAGGUCGUACGUUCGAUUCCCACCUUGGCCAGGCAUAUUUUUCAAACCUGCCCGGUGUGGAUAUACACUCAGAGUAGCAUCACAAGCAUCUACAUCGGUAAUUAUAAGGUUGUUUUAUGCUAAUUUUUCAAAAACAGUAGUUCAACGUUCAAACAUCAUUAGCGGCGUCGGUAUUGCAUGUAAAUUCAAGUGUUAUAUAUCAAAAUAAGUUAGUCCUUUCUGAAUGCAAUGAUCUUUAUUCCAUUGCGAUAGCUUUUAUACCUUUUACGUUACAUGAUAUCAAACAGUGUCCAGCUUUUUUGGGGGACACCCGGUAUAGUAAAUUACGUCUGCGAGCCGGCUCUCCCACGAUUUAGAAUGAAUGGCUUGUCACCCUUUGUAUACAGCGAUGCCUUUAACUAUUUCUGUACUGGAAUGUAAAGUCUAGUUUACGCUAUCAAAGUUUCUGUGAUCACAGUAGGAAUUUUGCAUCGGUAAAUUGUAAGUUUCGAAGAAUCUAUAAGAAAUGUUUGAGCGAAAUAACUCGAUGUUUAACGCCGAGUCAGAUCCCUCAAACAUUUCCUUGAAAAAUUGGAAUUUAGCCAUGCAAAAUUCCUACUGUGAUCACAGAAACUUUGAUAGCGUAAAACCAGACUUAGUAGACCAUCUGAGGAUGUUGCUUUUUAAUCAUCAAACUUCGAUAAUUUACAGACAUACUCUGGUCUUUUCUGUGUGGCCGUGAACCCGUACCGUCGUCUACCUAUCUACACCCAGAAAGUGGUUCAGAUGUUCAAGGGGAAAAAGCGAAGUGAAAUGCCACCUCACGUCUUCUCCAUCUGUGACAACGCCUACCAUGACAUGUUGCAAGAUCGUGAGAAUCAAUCCAUGUUGAUCACGUAAGAAUUGACUUUUUUGACCAUAGGCAUAGCGACAUCUUAUUGAAGUUGCAAUGCAUUAAGGUCUAUGUAGGGUUAUGGAGCGUUUCCUCCGCGGAAAAAUGAAGUCAUUAAAGUAAACUGCUAAGCAUUUUAAUUCGUUGAAAACACUCUCUCCGAGCUUCAGUUGCAUUAGAGAUGAGUGCUUCCAAUUUGACUUUCCCAAACAUCGCAAGUUUUCUCCGAGAACUCCGGUUUUCCUCCUGUAGUAACACUGGAGCGAAUCACAAUCAAACAACGAAUUCGAGUCGUUCGUGAGCGAGCAGCCAACAGGCGAAGCCAAGCGGUUUGUAAGACAUAAAAAUAGUUGAAAAUGAUGGAAAAAAACAACGAACUAAGGAACUUUACAGUUUUUUUAAUUAGAAUGGUAUACUGGAAUGCCAGUAACUUAUUACUGAACACGUCUUUAUGAGCAAAUGACAAGACGUUUGUCGAGAGGAACAAUCCAUUGAAUAUUUUUCAAUUGUAUGUUUACAGAGGCGAAAGUGGUGCCGGCAAAACCGAAAACACGAAGAAAGUUAUCCAGUACUUUGCCAACGUUUCUAUGGGAGGUUCCAAGAAAGAUGGCGAUAAAAAUGCAAACGUAAGCAUUUAAAUUAACAUAAACAUAUAGCUCAUUAGGUCUACGACUAUUGUUCUGAUAAUAGAAUGUAAGUAUAGAAUGGAACAAAGGUAUCUAAGCAUUUAAUUAAACUAUAUAUGUGAGUGAAUUGGGUGGGAUAACUCGCAUGCCUAUCGUUACCACUUUUCUGAUAAUGUAUUGUAAGAAUAAAACGAAACAAAGGUAACCAAGCAUUUAAUGAUAUAUGCGAGUGGAUUGGAUAGCAACGGACACAAACGCGCGUUGGAGAGAUGGGAAAUGUGAUGACAGGAAGAAGGGAAGAAAGGGAAAAGGAUGACAAAAAAUGUAACCCUUUCUAUUUGGUAUUAUCUUCAGAUGCCAUCGAUUGAAGAUCAAAUUGUCAUGUGUAACCCAAUCUUGGAAGCUUACGGAAACGCCAAAACCAUCAGAAAUAACAACUCUUCACGUUUUGUAAGUCGAACUUAAAUGACCAUUUGCAAAUCUUUAAAAAUUGUCCAGAAACACGAUCCUCAAACUUAUAAGGUUAUUGAAUUUUGUGUUUGAUAUAGGGAAAGUUUAUCAGAUGUCAUUUCAACACACAAGGAAAGCUCGCCGGCGCUGACAUUGAAACAUGUACGUAUAGAGUUGUCUCGGCCAGGAGGUUAUGUUUGUAUUUUGUUCUUGGGAAAUCAAGGCCUACUUUUGUCUGCGCCAGAAAUGGUGAAAUGCUCAGAAUUUUUAGGGCGUUCUACAUCAAAAAGCAGAAACGUUGCUAUUCCAAAAAUAUCGAAUGUAUUGCCAUGAAAUUCCAUACGAUAACAGAACGAGACCAGAGCUAUUUGCGUUCCAUGUUUGGUGAACGUACGUUAAAUAAAUGCCGACUCAACAUAUAUUCGUGUUUUCCAUUUCAGAUCUGCUAGAAAAGUCUCGAGUUAUCGGCCAGGGAUCAGACGAACGUUCAUAUCACAUUUUCUACCAAAUCUUGAAGGCCGCCCCAGCCGAUUUGCAUCGUAAGUUAAAGUUUUUAUAUCGUUUCACGCAAGAUGGGCGGUUUAAUAGCUGUGCGUGAAUUCGUUCGGUUUCGUAUGCAUGCCGUGUGAUUGACUAGCAUGGUUUCGAGUUUGGGUCAAAAUUUCGAGUCAAAAUGUCAAAAUCGUCUAAGUCAGCCUAGCUCCAUAUGUACAGCCCCUAAGUCAAAUUUUGAUGUAGCUCAAUUAUUUCUCAUAAUUCCAUCCUAUUUUCCUAGAAACUCUCCUCAUAGACAGCCGUAAACAUGACGACUACAAGUACCUCGCAAAAAGUGUUGACUUCGCAAACGGCAUCGAUGACAAUGAAUUAUGGGAAGAGACUGAGGAAGCAGCAAGGGUACUGGGUUUCACUGAUGAACAGAGAAUUUCUAUGUACAAAACAUGUGCUGGUAUUCUUCAUUGGGGAAAUGGCCAGUUCAAGCAGAGACCAAGAGAAGAGCAGGCUGAGGUUGCUGACUCUGCCGGUAAGUACGCAAUAUUUGACAAAAAUCAGCUAGCUUGUUUCAUAGGUUCAGAAAGUUCGUUUGAAAUUAAGAUAUUUUAUUUUGGUUUUUAGCAUUGGAGAAAACAUCUUUCCUCUUUGGAGUGCAGUAUUCCGACUUCACCAAAAUGUUGGUGAAACCAAGAAUCAAAGUUGGUAACGAAUAUGUGAACCAGGGACGUAACAUGCAACAGGUGGGUUAAUUUGAUGGUGGUGGAAGUGGUGGAAAUUAUGAUGGUGAUUGUGGUAGUAGUGAUGAUGAUGAUGAUGGUGAUAAUGAGGGUUGUAAUGAUGAUCGUACGUGGUGAUGAUGAUGGUGGCGAUAAUGAUGACGGUGGUGGUGAUGGUAAUAUGGUGGUGGUGAUGGUGAUUAUGAUGGUGGUGGUGAUGGUGAUUAUGAGGAUGGUGAUGAUGGUGAUUAUGAUGGUGGUGGUGAUGGUGAUGGUGAUUAUGAGGAUGGUGAUUAUGAUGGUGAUGGUGAUUAUGAUGAUGGUGGUGAUGAUGAUGAUGAUGGUGAUUAUGAUGGUGAUGGUAAUUAUGAUGGUGGUGGUGAUUAUGAUGGUGGUGAUGAUGGUGAUUAUGAUGGUGAUUAUGAUGGUGGUGGUGAUUAUGAUGGUAAUGGUGAUUAUGAUGAUGAUGGUGAUUAUGAUGGUCAUUGGUGGUGGUGAUGGUGAUUAUGAUGCUGAUUAUGAUGGUGGUAGUGAUGGUGAUUAUGAUGGUGAUGGUGAUUAUGAUGGUGAUGGUGAUUAUGAUGGUGGUGGUGAUGGUGAUUAUGAUGGUGGUGGUGAUAAUGGUGAUAUAUCAUGAUGGUAACAUUUUUCUUUGUUUUUUCCUUACCCAAGGUGCAAUAUUCCAUUGGUGCUCUGUGCAAAUCCAUGUACGAGCGUAUGUUCUUCUUCCUUGUGGCCAGAAUCAACGAAACUUUGGACAGAAAGGUGUGAGAUUGGGAAGACUUAUUUAUUAUUGACUCCUGUGUUUGAAGAAUUAUUGUAUUGCAGGAUAUGAGUUUAAUAAGGGACUAAUUCAUUCUACCGAUUUAUCACAGGAAAAACGUAAUUACUUCAUCGGUGUGUUGGACAUCGCAGGAUUCGAAAUCUUUGACGUAAGUAUCUUCAUAUUUACGCUAGGUAGGGUGAAUGCCACAAACAACAGCCUCGAAUUUAGGAAAAGGCAAGGCGACUUUGGCCUAUUGUAAGAACAGUUUAAUUUAUAGCUGAUAAAACUGUAUAUGUAUAGUACGAGUUAAAAAGAUUAGUUAACUUAAAAAUUCGCUAGGAUGCUUCGUAAUGAAUACUCCUUAAUGACUAUUUAAACGUUUCUUUAUGUUCUACUUUAGUACAACUCCUUUGAACAAUUGUGUAUCAACUUGACAAACGAAAAACUGCAGCAAUUCUUCAAUCACAACAUGUUCGUCCUGGAACAAGAAGAAUACCAGAAGGAAGGAAUCGAGUGGGAUUUCAUUGAUUUUGGUAUGGAUCUGGAACCUUGUGUCAACCUUAUUGAGAAGGUGAGGUCGUAGUUUUGAAUGUUGCGUCCAGUGUAGGUAGUAUUCUGCAAUAGGGCCGAGUUCAACCCGGAGUUGAAAUUUCAACCCUGCUAGCUGAAGCCAAGGCCAAGUAUUUUCCGGGUCUUUCCACUGAUUGGUCUAUUGCUAACAAUAUUUCUUUCGUAUCUAGCCAAUGGGUAUCUUCUCCAUCCUGGAAGAGGAAUGCAUGUUCCCGAAAGCUUCAGACCAAACGUUCUUGACCAAGCUUCAUGCAACACACGACGGAAAGCAUCCGAACUACGCUAAACCCAAAGGCAGCAAGGCUACCUACGACUUCGAACUGGGUCAUUAUGCUGGAAAUGUUGGUUACUCCAUUGCGAAUUGGCUGGACAAAAACAAGGAUCCUAUCAACGAAGCUGUUGCAGCUUUGCUGGGAAAAUCAAGUGAUCCAUUCGUCGCUGAUAUGUUCAAAGACUAUGGUGGUGAAGGUAAGUUAUUUAGGUUUUUUAUGAUGGUGGUGAUGAUGGUGGUGGUGAUGGUGAUGAUGGUGGUGGUGGUGAUAAUGGUGGUGGUGGUGGUGGUGGUGGUGGUUGUGGUGAUAAUAGUGGUGAUAAUGGUGGUGGUGAUUAUGGUGGUGGUGAAGAAAUUAAUCGUAUUUGUGAUGCUGUUGGAGGUUGGCUGAUGUUUUGUUAAUGUGAGUCUUUUACAUUUAAGAUGGUAGUAAAGUUGGUGAUGAUUGUAGUGUGAUAAUGAUGGUUGUAGUGUGAUAAUGAUGGUUGUAGUGUGAUGAUGAUGGUUGUAGUGUGAUGAUGAUGGUUGUAGUGUGAUAAUGAUGGAUGUAGUGUGAUGAUGAUGGUUGUAGUGUGAUAAUGAUGGCUGUAGUGUGAUAAUGAUGGUUGUUGUGUGAUGAUGAUGGUUGUAGUGUGAUAAUGAUGGUUGUAGUGUGAUAAUGAUGGUUGUAGUGUGAUGAUGAUGGUUGUGGUGUGAUAAUGAUGGUUGUAAUGUGAUAAUGAUGGUUGUAGUGUGAAUGAUGGUUAUAGUGUGAUGAUGAUGGUGGUGAUGGUGAUGGUGAUGAUAAUAUUCAUGGUGAUGGUGAUGGUGAUGAUGAUGGUGAUGACGGUGUUGUUAUAAUGAUGAUGUUGGUGGUUGUUGUAUGAUGUUGAUGGUGGUAAAUGGCGGUAAUGGCGAUGGUGGCGGUAGUGGUAAUGGUGGAUACUAUAACUUCCAACCAAAAACCAAGCAACACUGAUCCUAAAAAAAACAAAAUUUUCCUCUUUCAGCAACCAAAGGAAAGAAAGGCGGAAAGAAAGGCGGAAGUUUCCAAACAGUGAGCAACAAGCACAAAGAACAAUUGAAUAAACUUAUGACUAUGCUGUACUCUACAACACCUCACUUUGUACGUUGUAUUAUUCCGAAUGAAAUGAAAAAACCAGGACAAGCCGAUGCAAACCUCAUUCUGCAUCAGUUGAGGUGUAAUGGUGUACUGGAAGGUAUUCGUAUCUGCAGGAAAGGUUUCCCUAACAGGAUGCCGUUCGAUGAAUUUAAACAACGGUGAGUAAUUAGGCAAAAAAAAAUUACGUGGGUUCACGGUCAUGUGUCGCUGAUCGAAAUAAGAAUCUUCUUGAGAGGUAUGGCAGAGCUAGACCUUUUAAACAUUUGGAUGUCAUGACUAUGUCUUUAUAACGCAGCAUAUCACAAACAUGUAACCAGUUAAGUUGACUUAACGCAGGUGUUAUAUGGUUAUGGCUGUCAAGUAUUCACGCUGUAACACUUGCACAUUUUUUACUCAAGUUUUGAUGAUUGUAAUAGAGACCUUUCGAUUUUGGGACGGCAACGCGACGACGACAGCCAAAACAAACUCCUUCAAAUAAUUGUAUGAAUCAAUUGUAUGGAUUUAAUGCUGUCUUAGAAGUUGAAGACAUGGGUUUUAUGUUGGGAAGAGUUCUAUUGAACCCAGUUUGAAGUUGCACUCAGCCGUUGUAUCAAGACGUGAAAAUCUGUGAUUUGGCGUUGUAAACAGAGCGAAGAACAAUGUCCAAAUUAUUCAUAUAUUGUAAUUACUCAAUUCUUUUCAAUGAUUUAUUGUAUUGGUAGCCGUUGCCGUCGCGUUGCCGUCCUAAAUUGUAAGGUCUCUAUUAAAUCGUGAUGAAGACUGUAUACCCGGGAUACGUUUAUCUUUUUGUAAUGCAUGAAAGAUUGAAUUUUAUUUUACUUCACUACACUCUGAGGGAGCAGGCGAAACUAUGUUACGCAACUUUUUAUUAAAAUUUCUUUGCUGUGUUUCAUUAGAUACCAGAUCCUCGCGCCAAAUGCAAUCCCAGCAGGAUUCAUGGAUGGUAAGAAGGCUGCUGAAAAGUUGAUCGAAGCUCUUCAGCUCGAAGAAAAUGAAUAUCGAGUCGGAACCACGAAGGUAAAUGAUUUCAAGUAUUAUCUCCCGGUCAAAGAAGGAUGGAUGUUGACGAGAAGUCUCGCGCGUGUUUGACCGCAAACUCUCAUCAACUUUGAGCUUGUUCAAAUUUUGAGAGUUGAUGAGAGUUUUUUCGCUACGCGCGCGUUAAUAUCCACUCAAUUUUCAUCAACUCUUGUGCAACUCUUGCUCUCGUUUGAUCGUAACAUUUGCGUUGAGAAAACUUUCAUGCAAACUCUCGCUUCUCAACUCUUGUGAACUUUCAUCCUCGUUCGACCAGAGCUUAUGGCCCCGUUUACAUGAGACAGGAACGAAGUCAAACCGGGACCAUUUCGUUUCGGUCAUAGUAUUAUCUAUAAUAGAUGUUUACAUGAGACUGGGACGAAAAUAACCUAGUCUCAAGUCAUUCCGCCUGCUGGACCGAGCCGACUGACUUCAGACCGGCAUGAAUUCAGACUGGGACGAAUGUAAACACAAAUACAUUUCAGACCGGUCUCGGCUGUAACCUUGACAUUGGAACAACCCAUGCUAACAAAAGCCCUGUCUUUCAUUAUGGAAUUCCCAUAUAUCUGUGUAAAGACAUUGAACGAAUUCAGCGACGAGCCAUGAAAAUCAUAUUUCCCACCAAAUCAUAUGCCGAAGCGCUCUCCCAUUCUAAGCUUCUAACUCUUGAAGAGAGACGUCAAAUUGCGUGCGACAAACUCUUCAAAGAAAUAAUGGAAGAUAAAAAUCACAAAUUGCACCCACUCCUACCAGACCCGAAUACAUGACGUAGCGUAUUCCCUGAGAACUUCGACGAGAACUUUUAAAAUUCCUAAAUGUAAGACUGAACGAUUUAAAAAGUCUUUUAUAAUUGCUGCUAGUUCUAAUAAUGAAAGCAGCAGUCACUGAGGAUUUUAUAUAUUUCGAAAAUAACUGUUAAUUUUAACUGUAACUAUUCUUAAAUACAUUUUAAUGUUAAAAUAAUCUAUUAAAAUAGAUAGUAUUAUUAAUUGAAAUAGACAGUCCCAUUAACAUAAAGUUACAAUUAUUUUUAUUAUGUUUAGUAUCUUUAAUCAGUAAUAGAUAGUAUAAUUAACUUAAACUUUUCUUUUGUAAAAUUUAACCGUUGUAAUUCAGCCUCUUGGCUGCAAGAUCGGUUUUUGAAUAAAUUGUAAUUGUAAUUGUAAGCCAUCUAAAAAAGAAAAUUGUCUGGCAAGGCGAAUAAAUUGAAAAUGUUGUGAUUUUCGUACUGGUCUCAUGUAAACAUGUUGACAAUUUCAAUUUUCAUUCCGGUUUGACUUCGUCCUGGUCUCGUGUAAACGGGGCCUAAGAUCUAAGCGAUAAUAAUUGUCUUUAACUUUUCACCUCAUUUCGAUAUCGUACUGAAUGAGACAACUAUUCAUUCUAUCUUUCCAGGUUUUCUUCAGAGCUGGUGUCUUGGGUACCUUGGAAGACAUGCGUGACGAACAACUAUCCAAGAUCAUAUCUCAAUUCCAGGCCUUCGCCAAAGGUUUCCUCAUGCGAAGACGUUACCGCAAAAUGUGUGAUCAGAGGUAGAAAUCUUGUCUCCAUUUAAUGUCGAUUUCAAGUCCCUUUUCAACGCGCGCUUCCCAAGUUCGUUGCGAACUUGCCAAUUACGUUUCCAAGUUCGGAAAUUGGGCGCGAACUUCGCAACAAAGUUCGCAAGUACAUUUCAAUGUUUGAACUUCGUUUGUAAACAAAUGUUCAUACUCAAUAGUAAUAACCAAUUCAAUGAAAUACAAACCUUCUUGGUAGACCACUGGACCAAGAACUUUCCAUUGAAUUGUUAAUUUCAACUUGGACUAUGAACAUUUGUUUACCGUAGAAGUUCAAACAUUAAAAUAUAGUUUAGUUUAAAAGCCUUCUUUUGAUGUCUUGAAAAUUAAUUUCCUAAUUCUCUUUGCAGAAUUGGUGUCGCUGUCAUACAGAGGAAUGUGAGAAAGUAUUUGUUCUUGAAGAACUGGGCUUGGUGGAAACUGUAUACCAAGGUGAAACCAUUGCUGAACGUCGCCAGAACUGAAGAAGAAAUGAAACAGAAGGAAGAAGAGGUACGUUUUAAGGAGCAAUCUGCAGUACGUAGAACAACCAUGGACGUAGCGACGACCUAGUCGUUGGCGGGGGAGGGGGGGGGGAGGGAGGGGGGUGGAGUGUAACGGUUCAUUACCCGAUUGUUUUUUUUUCAUGAGUUGGAGGAAUUAGGGGGAAUGCUCACCCGAGAACAUUUUGAAUAUUUAGACGCUCAGAAAGCCCGAAACUAAACUUUGGCAUUCUUAGCUUGCUUUCCUUUUAACAUCCACGUUUGCCAGUCAUUGCUUUUACUUGAAAUCAGAAAGAAUCACCGGGAAAUUUACCUGAAAUUACUGAUGCACAAAUAUUGGGGGGGGGGGUUAUACCCCCCCCCCCUACACUCCCUCCUCCCCGGUCGCUGCUCUCCUGAUAACAACAGAAUAAUAGUAAGAACGAUUAGUUCGUAAUCGAUACCGACUUACCGUAGUAACAAAUGUUACGGUGUUCUUUUCGGUAAGGACAUCGCCUAGUUUUGUUAUUUUUUAUAACACUGGUUUCCAAUUCCCUCUCAACGACUUGGCAAUGGUCAUCAACAAAUAUCUUUUUCAUAACUAUGUAGUUUCUUUAAUUAAUAAUAGCAAUAUUUGUUACAUCACAUGUAGUUGGCGCAACUUAAAGAAGAUUUAGCGAAGGAAAAAGAACUGAGACAAUCACUUGAGAAUGAGAAAACUGAUUUGGUGACAGAAAAACAACAACUGUACGACGACUUGCAGAAAGUAAGUUGAUUUCUUUGUCUAUACUUCAAAGCGCAGAUUUUUCCCGGUUUCCUACUGUGGUAACAGUUUUAAAGAAAGUUAGUUCCUUUAGUAGUAACAGCAUAUAGUUCAACAAGAGGUGACUCUUACUGGAAUUGUAGAGAGAACAGUUUAGAAUUCAGAAUUUAAAGAGCUACCCAGUAUAAAUAAAUUUGAUGCAGAAGUGUUACUACAGGAAGAAACUUAAACUGAACAGUUCAGGUUUUCUUCUGUAGUAUCAUUGGAUCAAUAUGGGCUGGAGGUCAAUGAAAGUUUAGAUUCAACAGAUAGAGGUAUCCAGUAUAAAAUAUGCUAAGUGAUCGAUUUUCUUUUCAGGAAUCCGAAUCUCUGGAAAACACGGUCGAAGAUCUUCAGAAGGCCCGAGGUAGAUUGGAAGACAUGGAAGGUCAACUCACUGAACUGAAUGAGCGACUCGAGGAUGAAGAGGACAAUAACGCUGAAGUAAACGCUGUUAAACACAAACUUGAAGAUGAAAUCGAAGACUUGAAACAGGAAGUCACCGAGCUCGGCACAGCUUUGGAUAAGGUGAAGUGUAGACUAAGUUGUGUUCACAAUAUUCGCGCAAUAUAACAAUUGGUUUAGAUGAAGGAAUUAAAACGUCGUCUACCGCGAUGUAUUCGCAAAACGACAUGUUUCUUGAAUUUCCAUGAAAUAUUUUAGGCUGAACAAGAAAAAGCAGCUCGACAACAGGAUAUCGAACGUCUCAACGAUGAAAUUGCCAAACAAGACUCUGCUCUUGAAAAACUAAACAAAGAAAAACGAAAUCUCGAGGACGAACGAGCCGUAAGUAUUGUGAUUGAAUAAAAUGGUCAGUGCGUUCUGUUUGAUGAACCAUCACAUACAUCGUACAUCUUGGCAAUUUGUUCAAAUGUACCUCUUUUUGUCUUUAGGAACUCGAAGACCAUUUGCACGAGGAAGAAAACAAAGUAAACGUAUUGAACAAAGCCAAGGCGAAACUGGAACGGGAUCUUGAUGAGGUGAGGGCAAAAAAAUGGAUUUUUAAAAAUAAGUAGUAGCUUAUAUUACACCUUGAAUAGACGAAAUAUAGGACUUCUAGGUUUACGAAACAAGAUCAACUGAUAUAUUCAAAAGGUUAGGAUGGGAGCCAAUAUCAAAUUUACUUAGCAUUUAAGUCUUUGAAAGGAGUGACCCCUGCUUAUCUAAAACGAUAAUGGCACAUACGCAUUAAGAAGCAGCAAUCGUACAUUAGUCCUUUCUGAAGAACAGCUUUUCCCAAAGAGGAGCCGUGUCCUGUAAUAACUUACCUCACGACAUUAUCAAUAAUUAUGAAGAGUUUUUCUCUUCAUUCAUUUAACACACACAAGUUUUUAUUAUUAAAACCAAAAUUCUGUAAAUAGUUGUUCUACUUUAAUAUUCACCGUAGAUAUAUAGGCUAAUAUUGUAAAUAAUUAUUGUGUUAGUAUAUAGUUAGCAUGUAAUAUUUUUGCAAGCACGGCCCUUUGAAAAACAGAUCACUGAAAUGCCACCGUGGUUAAAUAAGUUUAAUUAAUAAAAUUAUAAUGAUAAAACUUUUAUAUGGGCAGUUUGUAUCGUGUGCGUAAUAAAUCUAUCUUUAUUUUAGCAAAUCGAAGUCUACGAAAAGGAAAAGAAAGUUCGCGGAGAGGUGGAAAAACAAAAGAGAAAAGUCGAAGGAGAUCUUAAGGUAUCAUUUUUUAUCUUUAAGAAUAGUUCAUGAUGGAGUAUCAGUUUUUGGAAACAGCUACAGGUCGUUUGCUUUUUGAAAAGUGAUUGAAAAAAUGUGUUCUUUUCCACAGAUGAGCAGAGACGAACUGCAAGAAAUGACGUCGAAGCGAGAUGAACUUGAAAGUGUUGUGAAGAAGUAAGAGUUUAUGCUGUAUGGUGGUGGUAAUGAUGAGUAAUUGUGGUGGUAAUGAUGAGUAAUGGUGGUGGUAAUGAGGAAUGAUGGUGGUAAUGAGGAGUAAUGGUGGUGGUAAUGAGGAAUGAUGGUGGUAAUGAUGAGUAAUGGUGGUGGUAAUGAGGAAUGGUGGUGGUAAUGAGGAGUAAUGGUUGUGGUAAUGGUUAGUAAUGGUGGUAAUGAAGAGUAAUAGUGGUGGUAAUGAGGAGUUUUGGUUGUGGUAAUGAGGAGUAAUGGUGGUGGUAAUGAUGAGCAACGGUGGUGGUUAUGAUGGUCCCGAUGCAUAUGCAUAUUAAGUUUUUAUUAUCUUCCAUCCACAGGCGAGAUGCUGAAAUAAGCGAACUAAACAACGCCGUGGAAGACAACAAUGCACUCAUCGCGCAACUUCAGAAGAGAAUCAAAGAACUAGAGGUAGGAUAUUAUCAUUGGCUACUGGAAUUAAUUGCUACAUGUUUACAAGUGCAUACCUUGCAUAUAUUACUGUGAAUUUCCCGUCAUCUUCUGUAUUAAAACAAUGUUUGUUUAUCCUCCAGGCUAAGGUGUCGGAAUUGGAAGAUGAACUUGAAAACGAAAGAGCUCUCCGAGCCAAGGUAGGUUUCCUAACCAGAUACAGCAUUAUUUUACUUCGGCAAACUAUUAGGUACAGGAGUCAUAAAAUGGCCGUGUUAUGUUUUAGAUUUAUGUGAUAUUAAUUGUCAAUUAAUUAUUAUGUAUAUUAAAAUCUUGAAAUUAAUCGAAGUAUUUCUUCUUGACAGGCCGAACGCGCCCGUAAUGAUCUGGAACGUGAACUGGAGGAUCUUCAAGAUGCAUUGGACGAACAAGGCGGAGCCACACAGGCACAGGUACUGGAACCAUACCUAGUGACGUCAUAUGUAGUGACGUCAUGAUAAGUAAAUGUUACGUUACCGUAAGAUCGCCUUUGGUUGGUUCGCCAGUUCAAGGUUGCAUGCUACCCUGGGGUCAUUAGCGUAUUGAAAAAUCAUUUCUUGCCCUGCGUUUUUUGACGUUGAACAUUACAAAUACGAUGCUGUUUUCUACAUUUCUUCUGCGAGUUGAAAUUAAUUUUGUUGAUGUUCCUCGGGUCCUGAACUUGCGUUUCCAAGUGUUCCUCAAAAGUAGAAAAUAAAGUAAACUGAAGUGUAUUAAAAAUGUUCCUCAAUUAUGUUACUAAGGCAAAUUUUUCUCAGAAUUCAAGAUCCAUUUUUCUAUCAGUUGCUUGGAAAAACCUUAAACGUAAACUUAACGGACGAAAUUAAAGUCCAAUAUGGAUAUAUUGUCUCAUUUCCCAACGAUUAUCGACUACUUUUUCACGUUAACUGCCUGUGAUGUACCGUGUUUCUUAAUUUCGACUCACUUUCGUCCUUUUCGUCCUUUCGUCCAGGCCGACUUGAACAAGAAACGUGAAGCGGAGAUCAGCAAAUUACGUCGUGAUGUCGAAGAAGCCAACGUACAGAAUGAACAAGCGAUCAGCAGUAUGCGUAGCAAACAUCAACAAGCUUUGGCUGAGGUGCAGGAAGAAUUGGAGACAUUCAAGAAAUCCAAAGCAAAGUGAGUGGUCAAUGUAGCUGUGUGUAGGUUCUCUGGUACAACACAGCUUCCUGCUUCUAGCGUGGUGGUGAUACUGUGAAUAGUGCAUGUGAACCAGAGUUCCGUUUCUACAAUAUGCAGUUGUGUGACUAUAAUUUUACCUCAGUCGCAUGUGAGAAGAGUGCUUCCAGUUCGACUCUACCACACACUCCCGGAUUUCUCUGGGUACUACGGUUUCCCCCUGUAGUAAUACUGGAUAAAAAAAACGAUGGACGCUUGCUAGAUCGCUAGGACAGUUUAACUUUAGAACUGAUAGAGCUAGGCGGUACAAAUAAAGUUGAUAAAUCUAUCAAUAUAUUUUCAACAGAUUGGAGAAAGAGAAAAAUGCGCUCACCGCAGAAGCAGAUGAACUUGCUGAGAAUAACGAGAAGCUGCAGAAAGCGAAGGCCAGUCUAGAAAAGAACAAUCGCUCGAUGGAUGCUGAAUUAUCGGAAAGUCGAAGUGCGGUAAGUACUGUAUAUACUGUAGCUUCUCGUAUAAAGAAGAAAAACGCAAGCCAAACUCGAGCCCUAUCGAUUUUCUCAUGAAGUGAGUGCCUACUAAUUUUUCAAUUUUCUAUUUUGUAGUUGGAAGAACUCCGUGGAGCGAAUGCUGAACUUACGUCAGCCAGGCAAGCUCUGUCCAAUGAGAACGCCUCGUUGAGUUCCCAACUUAAUGAAGUAGAAGGACGUGCUUCCACGCUGGCGAAAAAUAAGAAAUCCUUGGAACAACAGCUUGAUGAAGUGAAAAACGCCUUGGAGGAGGAAGGCAGGGUAUGUAUUUAGGGUAAACAUGGAUUGUAAGAGAUUGGAAACGUAGUAUCACGUGGGUCUUUCCCAGUUGACGAAUGUUUUCGAAAUGUUUUCGAAAUAUUUCCUUCAAAAUUUUCCAUGCUCCGGAAGCAUGAUAAUAUCGAAAAAUUAUCGAUAUUAUCAUUAUGCUCGAGUGUAUUUCACCAAAAAAAUAGAUAGAUUUCAAUUUUGUCUAAAUGUAUUAUAAGUACUUCCAAUAAAGAUAGAUCCCAAAGCGUUCCUGAAACUCCUGAAAGAAGAAUAAUUACGGUGUUUUCCACGAAAACAAUCAAUGAUAUUAAUAAUCAAUGAUAUUGUUUCCAUGAAGUCUAGAAAAGACUUGCAGUUUGAUACAUGCACCAUAUAAAAAAACAACCAUCCUAAACUGUAGCUUUCUGUUUCCAAAAGGCCAAGAACGAAUUCUUCGACAAGAUGAGACACUUCGAAGCGGAUUUAGAACUUGCAAGACAGGAUAAUGAAGACCUAGAAGAAGCCAAGGAGAACUUAGAAAAAGAAUUAGCGAAAGCGAAGAACGACAUUUCAAUGUGGAAGAAGAAGUUCGAAGAGGAAGGACAAGCUAAGGCCGAGGAACUCGAAGUCGCCAGGUAUGUCACUCUCAUCAACUCUCAUGCAAACUCUCGCUUCUCAACUCUCAUGCAAACUCUCGCUUCUCAACUCUCAUCAACUCUCAUGCAAAUUCUUGCUUCUCAACUCUCAUCUACUCUCAUGCAAACUCUCGCUUCUCAACUCUCAUUAACUCUCAUGCAAACUCUCGCUUCUCAACUCUCAUGCAAACUCUCGCUUCUCGACUCUCAUCAACUCCAAUUCUUGUUUGAGCAGGGCUAAUACCACGCCCUUAUUCUUUACAUUUCUCCACAUUUCAGACGAAAAAUCGCUGCCAAACUUGCGGAAACCGAAGAAGAACUCGCAGCUGCCCUAUCAAAGGCUAACUCUGCCGAGAAAGCUAAACAACGCUUGGCCGGUGAAGUCGAAGAUCUCAAUGUUGAACUUGAUAAGGUGCGUGAUAUGGACCUCUUAAACUAUAAUGACGCCAUCUUAAAAUCGCAAUGCACUAUAGUCUAUCUACGGAAAUUGAAUCUUUUAAAGUUUUGUAUACGUAAUUCCAAUAGUUGAAUAAUUCUCUGUGUUUUUUCAGGCUCAAAAUCUCGCCGCCUCGUAUGAGAAAAAACAAAAGAAGAUCGACCAGGAGAUUGCGCAAUGGAAGGCUAAAGUUGACGAAGUCCAAGCUGAGCUCGAAGCCUCGCAACGCGAAUCACGUGCAAACUCGACUGAGGUAAGGGUACUGGUCUCUAUAUAGGUUUCUGAAGUAACAUCUGGUACUGAACGGUUUCCGUUUCCAGGUGUACAAACUCCGAGGCCAAAUGGAAGAAGCGCAAGAAAUGGCUGAGCAACUCCGACGUGAAAAGAAAUCUUUGGAAGGUAAGAAUUUUGGGAAGGACAGCAAAGAAAGAAAGAAAGCAAAUAAAAUUCUGCAGGAAUAAAUGGCACUCAGACUGACUUGGUAUUUACUUACGAAUUACGUUAAGAAAAGCGUUUAGUUGAUUUUAUAUAUUGUUGAACCCAUUUAAAAAUAUCCUGAUUUUCAGAAUAAUUUAACUUUGGUGUUCCACAUAGAAAUAUGUUUACUUUUAGCGAUUCUGACAACAAGUCAGAAUUGUUCAGCGUGAGAAUUUAGAUGAGAGUUUAUUUCACUUUUAAAAUUAAGGCUUGGUCUAACGAGACACGAGCUGCAUGAGAAUCUUUCAACUCUGGUAGCUUGUCAGAAAGGAAAAAAAAAUAGUGGCAUGACGGUUUACAACUUUCAUUCAAAGAGAGAUAGUGUUUGAAUGAGAGGUCUGCCAACGAGAUAGAGAUUGCAUGAAAGUUUUUUCAAAUCAUAUGGUUGGUGAAACUUUUUCUCUCAUUUGGCACUCACCUUCUUGUGUGUUUGCAGGCGAAGUAAAGGAUCUUAUCGACCAACUUGGUGAAGGAGGAAAGUCUGUCGUUGAAUUUGAGAAAAUGAAGAAGAAACUCGAGAUGGAGAAAGAAGAACUUCAAAUGAACAUGGAGGUGAUUAUUUAAUUAAUUUAAAAAUCAUUUAUGGUAUACCAUAGGGCUCAUUCAUAGGCCCAAUUCUACGGUAUUGAGUAAAAAAGACUCUUUUCACUUCACUUUCUUCUAAAUAUUGAUAUUUCCUGAACGGGCUGACACUUUAGAAAGAUUAUUGUGGCAUUGAAUUCCUAAAACAUUAAUUGAAAACCUGUUCUAUAUCUGUAUUUAAAACUAUUAAAUCACCGAUAGCGUUCAGUGUUGACAUCAGUUAUUAAUUUUUUCAGGAAUUGGAAGGCGCUCUCGAACAAGAAGAAGCUAAAGUUCUCAAAGUUCAACUUGAGAUGACGCAGUUGAAACAAGAAUAUGAAAGACGCUUGCAUGAGAAGGACGAAGACACAGAGAGUAUGAGGUACUCCCCCGUCUUGUUCAUGAUCUCACUAGUCAAAUCAUUGAAAGGGUCCUCACCAUAGGCUGCUGAGGAGAUAGAGGCAGGAGACUCAGUUCCUUAUAUCUUUUUACCAUUGUCUUGCAGGAAGAACUACAGUCGCCAACAAGAAAGCAUCCAAGCCUCACUGGAAGCCGAGGCCAAAGCGAAGAACGAACAGGUAAAACAAGACCUUCGCGUGCAUCUUUGAGGUUACUUCCACCAUUAGAGUUGAGCCUCGGCGUAUACGUAAACAAACAGCAGUCCCUUUCCUUUCUACAGUUUCCGAACUUAAUUCAUUCUUAACACGGAUAUGUUUUCGUGUUUUAGAUCCGUUUGAAAAAGAAAGUUGAACAAGAUGCAGCUGCUUUGGAGCUCGCUUUGGAAGGCGCAAACCGGGUGAGUUGUUGAGAUAACAUGGAAUUCCUCAUCGCUAUUAUAAUGGUCUGACUGGGCUCUUUUCUUUUUUUCACAGGAGAACGCAGAAAAUGCGAAGAACGUGAAGAAAUUGCAACAACAACUCAAGGUAAGGAUCAUUCUAAUGUACCGGUAUAUGAUAUGCUUCAUCAGGACUGUCACAACUUCAUCACGUGCAUGUUUAAAUAUAUAAGUACAACUUAGACUUAUUUCAUUUUUUUCUCCCCAAGGAACUCCAAGUGAUGGUAGAAGAUGAACAGAAAUCACGUGACGAGGCACGUGAAAGUCAAGCCAAGGCUGAACGUAAUGCCAACAAGUUGUCUGCUGAACUGGAGGAAAUACGAGCUCAUCUGGAACAGGUAUGUUUUUGGAUAAGUCACUGAUUAUGUCCUGUUCGCCCCUCGGUUGUGUGUGAACAAGUUAAAACGUACGGACAAAGAUUUACAAAUCUAUUGGGUGAAGAGGAGAAUUUUUGUGUUGUGUUGACAAAUUAAAAAAAUUCUCCAAAAAUACAUGUCCGUAUCAAUUCUUUCUCUAUGCCCAGAACAAUAUUGCUUAAUUCUUGUGGUAGUUACAUCAUUGGAACUGUUCGAGAAUUGGUCAAUGACUUUCUCUGAUGCAUGUUUAUUCAACGUUACCUCUAUAAGGUAAAAAAUUCGAAUUGAAACAGCGUCGACCGUAAAAGAUGACGUUCACAACAUAAAGAAGAGAAACUCAAUCCGUGAUGAAAGACCAUUAAGCGUCUCGUUUUGCCUCUGAUACUGCAUACACAGAUACUAAAUCUAACAGUACGAAUAACAUCACAAGGUUGCGAUAAAACCCCCAGAAAACACAGUCAUUUUAAGACUCCCUCCUCCCUUCGGCUAUCCUGAGUAUUAAAUGAUAAUAAAAUAACAAUCUAACCAUAUUCCUUUUCCUAACAGUCCGAACGUAACCGCAGAAAUGCCGAGAACGAAGGACAGGAUGCAGUCGAUCGUGUUUCAGAACUUCAAGCACAAAUUUCAUCGCUUCAAUCUUCCAAACGCAAGGCCGAAGAAGAUCUGCAAUCGAUCCGUGAUUCUGUCGAUGAACUUGAGAAUGACGUCAAGACGGCCGAGGAGAAAGCACGCCGAGGUGCUGCCGACGUUGCACGACUUGAAGACGAACUUGCCCAUGCCCAACAUGCGGCGCAGGCUGCUGAGAGAGCUCGAGCCGCGGCUGAUAAGCAAGCCAAGGAUCUCCAAGCCAGACUUGAAGAGGUCGAAGCUGCUGGCGGCAAAGCAUUGAAGAAUAAGAUCAAGACUUUGGAACAGGUUAGCUUUAUAAUCUUGGAUUAAACAUAAAUCAUUUGACAAUUAGAGUGAUAAAAUAAUGUGGCGUUAGACAGAGGGAAACAAACUAAACAUCAUUUAUUUCACAGAAAGUCCGAGAUCUGGAAGAGGACUUGGAUGCCGAAGCUCGUGGCAAGGCUGAACAACAGAAAUCGAUCAAGAAGAAUGACCGUAAGCUGAAGGAAUUGUUGGCCCAAGCUGAGGAGGAUCAUAGAAACAUCGAGAAGUUGCAAGAUACUAACGAGAGACAGAACAAGAAGUUGACUCAACUACGCCGCAGAGCCGAGGAAGCGGUAUGUUCCCAACAAAGCUAACUUUCUACUCAAUAGAUCUAUCACUUUUAAAACGUUCUCCAUAGAAGUUCAGUAAGGACGUAUCUUCUAUUGUCACUACAGGAGGAAACCUGGACUAAAAUAACUUUAUUUAGUUAGCUCUAUCAGUUCUAAACUGUUCUUCCUAGAUGUCCGGUAAGGAUCAUCUCUUAUUGAUCCAGUGUUACUACAGGAGGAAACUUAAACUAAAUUAACUUCAUUUAUACUGGAUAGCUCUAUCAGUUCUAAGCUGUUCUUUAGAGGUCCAGUAAGGAUCAUGAUCUCUUAUUGAUCCUAUGUUACUACAGGAGGAAACUUAAUCUAAACUAAGUUUAUUUAUGUUGGAUAGCUCUAUCAGCUCUAAACUGUUCUCCCAAGAGGUCCAGUAAGGACCAUAGAAAUGGAAGCACUCUUUUCACAUGUGACUGAAGCGAAUCAAAUCUGGUCACCAAAGUGAAACAGACAUAGACCAACCGCUAUGCCAAACAAAAGACUUCUCUAAAAACCUAUUGUAAUGUUUCCUUUCUUGCAAUUGUAGGAAGAGACCGCUGCUUCCAACAUGACCAAGCUUCGCCGAGUGCAGUCUGACCUGGAACAGGCUGAGGAGAGGGCUGAUGCCGCUGAACAAGCAGCCAGACGUCGCCCUGCUGCAAGUGCUGGUGGCCGCGCGUCUGCCGGGAGAGCUGGAGCUAGGACACCAGCAAGAUCUUCGUCUCGCGAGGUGAUUCUUGAUGACGAUGACGACGACGAGUAGAUUUCCUAAAUUUGAGCCCUGUUUAAUCUGUCGUGAGAUAAUCCGGAUUAAUCUGAAAACUUAAUAUGAAAACUUCUAGUUCGACUUGUUAAACUUUAUUUCCUUUUUCUUUGUGAAAAAUACAAUCCCAAUUUAAUGAAAAAGAUCUAGUCUUGGAUUUAUACAAAGCUGAAUAUAUUCUUUCUUAUUUUUCCUUUUGACUGGGAUUAAAUCACGUCAGGUAACAAACAGGGUUCUUUUUCGUUUUUCGGUAAAAUGGAAAGAAAAGACAUUAGUUUAUUUUUAAAAUACCAUGUAUGGAGCUAAUUAGAAAUAUGUUAAAACGUUUGCAUAGAUAUAAUUAAAAAUUUGCACUUUAAUGACUCAGUUUGCACUUUUUGAGUUUGCACAUAAAAUGUCAAGUUAGGCUAUAAAUAAUCUGUUAUUAAAUCUUAAUAUUUUUAAGUAUUCUCGGGUAAUACUUGACAUUAAAUUUCUAUUAUUAAUAUUAACUAAAAAAUUAUAGUAAAAUAUUAAAUUAGAUCGAUAAUAAUUAAGAUAAUUAAUUGCAACUUCUUACUUUUAAUUAUUAAAUGUUAAUUUAGUUAGAAUGCAGUUAAUAUUUAAUUAUAUUACCUAUUACUAUUAGUUAGAAUGACAAUUAGUCAUUCACGAAUACAAAACAAAACUUGGAUGGUAUUAUAUACGCUAAAAUACCCUUAGAUUGCUGACAUGGUCUUCAAUAUAAUUCACUUGUAAUUUAUACCUGGUGAAUUUAUCGCAUCAUAAUUAAAGCCCACUUGAAAUUAAUCAUAUUUGCUCGUAAAGCUAUAUUAACAUAAUUUAUUGCAAAAUUUGAACAUUUUUUGUGAGCUAUUAAAACGAAAGAAGAAAGACUACUUACAGAUUUUAAACCGUCUCUUCACAUCGAGUUUGGAGACAUUUAAAGGAUAGAAUUGUCAGUUAGUGAGAAAAUACUUUGAUACAAAAUUUAAAGACAAGCUUUGCAUAUUAUGCAAAUUUAUUGAGAACUGAACGAAUAAUUUUACAAAUAAGGACAUUUAUAAUCAAAUUCUAAUUUGGGUGAUUCCAAUAAUUUUAUCGUCUUAAAAUUUGGCAUAGAAAUAACCAGAACUGUGAGAGUUCAUUUGCAAGUGACAAUCGCUAGAAACAAAAUAAAAUUCAAAGUUUUGUGAAGCAUUUUACCUUAAAUAUGCAAACACAGUACAGCAUUAAAUGCUAAUAUAUGAAAAUCAAUUUAAACUUUAAAUUCCUUCGUGGUUAGGGUUUAAAUAAAUCCAAAACAUUUGUUCUAAAUUAGCGCGGUUGAGCCUCGAAUGACCAAAUAAGGCUAAAGAGUAAAAAAAAACAUCUUAAAUUUAAUAUACGCGAAGAUUGAUACACAGCUAAUCUUGCAACGACUUGUAUCACAUUUUCAAAUAGUCCAAAUAAUUAUGUUAAUUUUUAAAUCCUCUAAUUUUGACCACAAAUUAUGUAAAUCCUUGUUUACAUAUCAGGUUAUAAAUAUUUUGAACUUUAGAAUAUUAUAUACUUGCGUUAUAAACUCGAAAUGUUUAACUAAAAAAUCUUACUGAUAACCCAUAUUUAAGAGCUUUAUUUUGAUAAAAGGUCUAAUUUAAGGACGUGUGGUCGAUAAGCAAUGAUAAGAAUGUCAUAGAAUAACAUUCCAAAACGGGCAAUAUCUAAUAAAUUCUCCAUAUAAAACCUAGUAAUAUUUAUAUAUUUUGAGAUAUAAAGUACUGUAAUCUUAUUCUUAUCGUUCAUUUUAUCGUGAUAUGUUUCAUAUCUUAUCUGAAAUAGCAAAAUAAUCUUUUAUAUCUGUAUAUAUUAUCUUAAAUUCGGAUCUAAUGCAAAUAUUUGUUUUGUUGCAGAGUUCACGUCGCGGUUCUCAAUCUGGCGGGGACUAAAGACCAAGAUUUCACUUAAAAAAACUCAAAACAAGCUCGGAAAUAAUGAGAUAUUUGUAAGGACACAUAUAUAUAUAGUUAGAGCCACUAGACUUGUACAUCAAGUUUUAACUUUAUAGCGUAAUUUUAUCAUUAUAUAACCACUACUAGGAAUUUUGUAUGUCAUUUAAUUUUCAAUUUUAAUAAAUUUCAGUUUUAAAUUUUUGCGC